AUGGAGCCAGAUGGAGUGCUUCACGAGAUGUGGGAAUCCCUGGAGCAGGUCAUCGCGGCAAUUGCAGGGACGGAUGAGGGAUCGGCGACGAAUGAGCAGGAGGCGAUGGUGGUAGGGCACGAGGGCCUGUGGCUGCUCGCGAGUAGCGCCAGACGACGAACGAGCUACAUCCAUCCUCUGCAGAUUGUCGAAGACUUUCGGGACCGUUGGAGGACACGCUGGCGACACCAGCAGUACUUUGAAGUGGUCACGUACCACAACGGGGAGCAGUACGAGGUGAAGAACUUCCGACCGGUGAAGAACGCUUUCGUCCAGCAGCGGCCGGGGCGCAUGGAGCACGAGAUCUCCGUGUCUGACUACAAGCGACACUGCGAGAUGGCCAAGAAGAUUGUGGGCUACGAGUCGCUCAACGACUUCAAGAUCAAGAACCCGUCCGUGGUCUACCGCAACUACUUCAGGCUACGCGGCGCGAGCGACGAGAGUUCGCCACACGACGGCACGAUGGAGCUGCAGAGCGGCCCCAAGCGAUGCAUGCUGUCGUGCACCUUGUGCGGCCGCAACUUUGAUUAUGUCUCCCGCUACCUCGUCACUCCGCAACCUGCCUCCUCGCACAGCUCUGAUCUAAGAAUGACGUCCACGUUGGAGCGGUUGAUGGGAGGGUUCCACGAGAUGCAAGUGGAGCGGGUGCUGCGAGAGAGCCACGAGUACGGCGAUCUCGUUGUGCUGGCACGGCUGCCGGGUGCGCCCACCGCCGGCAGCAGCAAUCAGAAUGAAGAUGAACACAGGGCGGUGGUGGUCUUCAAAUCCCACGAGACUCUCCUGCAGCUGCGACAUGUCGCCUCCAUCCUACGGCCUUCGACUGAGCAGAGGGCGGUGCGAGAGACGCCGGAGCAGUACGCCAACAUCGUCUUACCCUACAUCCGCGCAAUCCCUCCAGAGCGCAACGCAUGGAUAGAGAACAUCUUCGCCAAGACCUCCGAAUCGGACAAGACCUUCUUUGAGAACGAACACUUUGUGCUGAUGAACGACGCCAAGUGGGACGGACAGAACGUCCGCCAACUCCACUGCCUGGCGGUGGUGCGACGAAAGGACCUCUACACCAUGCGCGACUUGCGCAAGGAGGACGUGCCGCUCCUACGCAACAUCAUCGACGCUGGCGCGGAGGCCAUCGAAAGCACCUACCACCUCAAGAGGGACCAGCUAAAGAUCUUUGUGCACCACUUGCCUUCGUUCUUCCACCUGCACAUCCACUUCUGUUCGAUCUACGCCGACCCGCGCCAGAGCCAGGCCACGCGAGCCCACCUGGUGGAGGACAUCAUCGAGGCGCUCGAGCGCGACACAGACCACUUUGCGGCCAAGGCCUCCAUUACCUAUAUCUUAGGCGAAAACCAUCCGCUGGACCAGCUAAAGAUCUUUGUGCACCACUUGCCUUCGUUCUUCCACCUGCACAUCCACUUCUGUUCGAUCUACGCCGACCCGCGCCAGAGCCAGGCCACGCGAGCCCACCUGGUGGAGGACAUCAUCGAGGCGCUCGAGCGCGACACAGACCACUUUGCGGCCAAGGCCUCCAUUACCUAUAUCUUAGGCGAAAACCAUCCGCUGUACAAGGCGCUCUCUAAAUGA